AUGUCGGUGCCCGAACAACAGCAACCACUCGACUCUGUCGCCGAAGAACAGACACCUCAGAUCGACAACAGAGAAGAAGCACAAGCAAGUCUGGCCAGACUACAAGCUGCUGCCACCAAGGAAUACUCACUCAAGAAUUAUGCCGCCGCUUCAGAAUUCUACUCGCAGGCCUCGGAGCUACAGGAGCUGCUGAAUGGUGAAAUGUCGCUCGACAACGCCGAUCUGCUCUACCAAUACGGCCGCUGUCUGUACCACCUGGCUGUCAGCAAGAGCGAUGUGCUGGGAAACAAGGUCGCUGGCAGCGGAGAGCCUCAGAAGAAGAAGCGCAAGACAAAGUCGACCGCCGCAAACACCGAUGCGCUCAAGGACGGCGAUCAGAAGAUGGCUGAGGAGCUUGUCGAGGCUGUCGUCGAUGAGAAGGAUGCCAGCGCCGCAAAGAAGGAGGAUGAAUCAGCAAACAAACCCUUCUUCCAUAUCACCGGCGACGAGAACUGGACAGACAGCGAAGACGAAGGCGACGAUGCCGAAGAGGACGCCGAGGAAGAGGAAGAAGAUGACGAUUUUGCUAUCGCAUAUGAGAUUCUCGACAUCGCUCGCGUCCUUCUCACCCGCAAGCUCGACACGAUACCUCAUCAUCUCGACGGUAAGGGCAAGGGAAAGGCCACACUGGUCGAGCAUCCUGAAGCACGACAAGUCAUGGACCGCCUCGCCGACACCCACGAUCUCCAAGCCGAACUCUCCAUGGAGAACGAAAACUUCCCCGAAGCCGUCGCCGAAGGUCGCUCAGCACUCGAGUUGAAGCAGAAGCUAUACCCCCUCGAGUCUAGCCUUCUCGCAGAAGCACACUUCAAGCUGGCACUCGCCAUGGAGUUUGCCUCUGUCACCACAACAAACGCAGAGGCAGUCGAACAAGGUGCUCAAAAGGAGGAGACCGUCGACGAGGACCUGCGCAAGGAAGCUGUCACACACAUGGAGUCUGCCAUCGAGUCCUGCCGCCUACGAGUCGAGAAGGAAGAGUCCACUCUCGCUUCCCAUUCAGCCGACAAGCAAGAUGCAAAGAAGAAGGAAAUCAAGGACGUCAAGGAGAUGAUGUCCGAGAUGGAGCAACGCCUCAUCGAUCUCAAGACACCUGUAGCUGCCGCAGAGAACCCCCUCCGUGGCAUCUUGGGUGGCAUGCUGGGUGAAACCCCUGCCGACCAGAAACAGCGCAUUGCUGAAGCAACAGCAAACGCCAACGACCUCAGUGGUUUGAUCAAGAAGAAGAAGCCUGCCGCUACCCCUGUUGCUGCAGGUCCGGCAAGCAAAAGAAAGCUGGAAGACGAGACCUCGGAAGCCUCAAGCAAGAAGGCCAAGGUCGAGGACGAAGUCGCCGAGGCCUAA